CAUCAUACCACGUUUACCUCACGCUCUGACUCGAUGCCAGGCAACCAACUUGACUGCGAAGUCCCAAAUUUACGGUUUGAUUCCGACUCGAGCUCAUGAGAGAUCAGCGACUAUGGUCCAAGAGGCUAGAUCACUGCGCAGAUGGGCUGUUGGACAGAUUUUCGUAUCGACUAUUCCAUCCAUUGUUGCCGGGGUAGCUCAAUCGGUAGAGCGUGUGGCUCUUAUCAUCGAGAGAACAACCUCAAGGUCGCGGGUUCGAGCCCCGCCUUCGGCUAUUCCUAUCACUGCCACACUCGCUGAGUGUGAUCCAGGCCAAGGCUCGAUCUUACUUUUUUUUAAAUUUUUCUCGGUCGGCGACAUCCGCUCUGAAACCGAGUGACAUCCUUCUGAAACUCGUCCACAAACAAUGGCAGAACAUAUUUAUCAUUGGGGUCCGUCAACAACUAUGCCGGUCGAACCACUCUUUUUACAAAUUUCAAAGCGAAGCACGCACGGUAGACUGCUGCUCUGGAAGUCAAGCGAUGUUCUUCUCCAGCCAUUGCUCCCAAUCGGCCUUGGAGAAGCUGCUCGAGAUACUGUUCUCGACAUUGCCCUGAAGUUGCGCGUCAGCCUCAACACCCUGUAUCGGCAACCAGAGGGUUAGCUCACAUUGAAAAGGAC